AUGGCUGCUGUCAACAGAAUGACACGGGAUAUUGAUGAGGAACGAGCCUCAAGAUUGGCAAAGGAGGCUGUUGAUCUGGCAAAUGCUGGACAGUUGGAGAAAGCAUCACGCAAACUUCGAGAGGCGGCGACUCUAGGUCAUGAUAACGCUGACGUUCAAGCUGCCUUCCUAAGACUUCACCAAGGACAGGACAACUCUCCUCUGCUUGUCUUGUGUCGCAGGUAUGCCCUGUACAAUGACACCCAGGCUGGUACGGAGGCUGCCCGCUAUCUCAAGAGCAAUCAAGAACGCUUGCCCCGUGCCACCGCUCUUGAGUGCCUCAAACUUAUCCUGGACAGCAACUAUGCUACUCUGUCAUCAGCCCAGGACACUAUCAUUGUGGAACUCGUGCAGCAAAGUUCAGAUGUUCGUCAGUACUUUGCCUCUGAGUUACAGGUUUCGUCUACCGAAUUCUUCGACAAUAUCUACGAACGGGGAGAUUGCGCAGCAAACUGCCUUAGAGUCAUUGUGCUGGAUGAUUCUCUAUGGAAGUCUGAGGAGGACCGUCUUCGUGUUGAGGAAGAUCUUUUCCAAUUGCUAUUAGCUAAGCUCAUGGAAUCGGGUCAUGAUCUAGAUGGACGAGCACUGAAAGGCAUCGCCUUGUUGCUCGUAGCAGAUCCGACACGCUUACAUCCUUUCGUAGACACAGAAGGGUUUGAUGCCAUCCUUGGCUGCCUGGACAUCAGACUCGCAACUGACCUACGCACUCAAGCGACUUUGGCCGGCUCCAAAUAUCUGGAAGUCUCUGGAGACACAGGUCAGAAUUAUUUUACCGACUUUGUCAGGUCUCAUGUUGGGAAACAAAAGAGUGAAGACCUGAUCCUUGCGUUUUCUGCUGCAGCCAGUCUCUUCCCCAUCAUACCCGCCAUUGUGGCUCCAUUAUUUCUUACUGAAGGAUUUCUGCAGUCAGUUGUACCACUUCUAGAAGGGAAGCUGAAAGGUGCAAAGGUCGAAGAGGCUUUUCUGCAGCUUCUCAAUGCCGCUUGCAUUGAUCAGGCUUGUCGGGCGGCUAUCACCAAUCACUGUUCUGACUGGUUGUCGUAUAUCAUCAGUAACGCAGAGGGUCAUCAGCCGGCUAUUGCGGCUACCAUACUCACAAAACUGAGAUCAACAUCGUCCUCUGAGAAUCCAGCCCCAGGACCCGAAAUGGGAAGGGAUGGCGAUAACCUUCAAGACCUCGUACAUCUCUUCAAAGAGGAGAUAAGCAAUAAAGAUGUACCAAACUUGUGCGACUCGGUCGAGGGCCUUGCAUACGCGUCUUUGAAGGCUGAGGUAAAAAAUGAGCUCGCCCUGGACAGGGAAUUUUUGCUCUCAUUCCUUCAAGCUCUUCGGUCAAACUCUGAGAAAGCUGACGUGGCUGUUGGUGGACUGAGCGUUCUCUCAAACCUGACUCAAUACACCCUAGUGCUCUCCGAAGAACAGAAAAAGGUUGCGCAGCUCAAAGCUUAUGCAAAUGCUUCGAAGCCUUCAGUUCCCAAUGUGCUCAACGAUGAUGAGCAUGUUGUAGCUCGUUGCAACGCGAUCAUUGAAGCCGGCGUCAUGCCAGUUCUGAUAGAAUGCAACAAGGGGAGGACGUCUUCUUCUAAAUCCUUGAUAGACAAGAUCAUUCUGAACCUGUCUAAAAAUCCCAAAACUCGUGGCAAGAUAGCCCAGCAAGGCGCGGUGAAGCUUCUUCUGGCUCACCUCCAGCAACUCUCUGGAAAGGCAGAAAAGGACGUGAGGGUGAACGUGGAAGCAGCGCACGCGCUGGCAAGGAUCUUGAUAUCAGUUGACCCAGCUCUCGUAUUUCCAGCCAGCAGCUUCCCAAACAUCACGAGCGCUGUGCAGCCUCUGAUCGGUCUUCUAAGGCCCGCUACCACUCAAGGCCUAUCUGAUCAACCACGAGACCUUCUUCCGACCUUCGAAAGUCUGCUUGCUCUGACAAACCUGGCAUCAUCAUCCGACAACUCACCAGCCAACAUAAUUGUCAAAUCUGCUUGGGAUGCAAUUGAGGACCUUUUGCUCUCGAACAAUGCCAUGAUAAGGCGUGCAACCUGUGAGCUUGUCUGCAAUUUAGCAGCCACCGAGGCUGGACUUGCCAAGUACGCUGAUCGUUCUCGCCGUUCGGUACAGAGGCUGCAUACACUCCUAGCGCUCGCCGACGUAAAUGACCUUGCAACACGUUGCGCGGCAGGUGGUGCUCUGGCUAUGCUUACGGAGCACGACGCUGUGAUUGCUGGUGUGCUCGAAGUCAAGCGGGGGGUCGAUAUUCUGCUUGGGCUCUGUCAAGACGAUAAUCAAGACGUUGUGCACCGAGGACUAGUCUGUGUGAGGAAUCUCACAUGUGCCACUGGUAACGUUGGACAACGAGCAAGAGACGUAAUCAAGGGAGAGAAAGGAAUCGAAAUUCUCAAAGCGUGCCUGAGACAGUUGACCAAUCAGGAUAUGCUUCAACCAGGCAAAGAGGAUCUCAAGAAGGAGGAGGAGGAGGAUCUCAAAGAGGAGGAGGAUCUCAAGGAGGAGGAGGAGGAUCUCAAGGAGGAGGAUACCAAGGAGGAGGAUCUCGAGGAGGAGGAGGAGGUCAAAAAAGAGGAGAAGGUCAAGAAGGAGAAGGAGAAGGAUAUCUUCCUUCUUAAUAUCCUCCUCUUUGACCUUCUCCUCCUUCUUGACCUUCUCCUCUUUUUUGACCUCCUCCUCCUCGAGAUCCUCCUCCUUGAGAUCCUCCUCCUUGGUAUCCUCCUCCUCCUUGAGUCCUCCUCCUUAUAG